AUGCCACAUUUACCCCCUCCUGGAUAUGAGAGAAGACAGGCCCAAGGCUUCUUACCUCCAUACAACAACGCAAUCGCUCCUCAACAUCAACCAAAUCAUAGACACAAUGCCUUGACACCAUCUGAAUCAUUGUGGAAUGCUCAAGAACCAACUGCAAACCAGCAAUACGAAGAUCCAUAUACUAUGCCACUUCCACGCAGCAGGCUUCCAUCAAACUCGAAUCUAGCUGAAGCACAAUGGACUUCUCCUCAACGUCUACUUCCAGAGACAUCUGCUCACUCAACUUAUUAUGAAACGCAGGCAAAUUCCUAUCUUGUAACUCCAUGGUCAACCACUUCUCCAACGCCAAACCAAUCUCUAUACAAUAAAAACCGUCAAUCGGAUUAUCCAACACGUGAUAAUUACGCUUCAAGUGUAUCGUCUCCUAUAGGCACUCGACGAUCAUCGUCACCAUUUGAUGCAUCUGCUUGGAAUGCUAUAAACGGGUCAUCGUCGUCAUCGUCUCGUCAUAGCUUCUCUCACAACUUGCAAGAAGCAAUCUCCCCACCUUCUAGGCGAGGAUUGGACUGGGGGCUUUGGUCGCCAUCGUAUUCAUCAUCAGAAGAGCUUCCUGCUUUUGAUGAUUAUAUAGAUGAUUCAUUGUCGACUUCUGUCACGUCAUUGACAUUUGAUAGCCCUGAUAUCAUACUGCAACGUGAAAGGCGAACUUCUGCCGAGUUGUAUGAACGGUCCGCUGAAAGGCGAGGUUGUAAGGUACCUGAUCUAACUCUCUCACCACAAUCUCAACCAUCGCCUUUACUGCGUGGAGGUCCAUCACCACGAUUAUCUGGCGUUGGAGCAGCUGCUAUGUUUGCAUCUGUAAAUAGCAAGAUACCCUAUAAUAGCGAUAUAACUCCUCCUCCAGGCCUGCUACAUACACACAAUGGUCAAGCAGGAGCCUUAUCAUCAUCAGCUUCAUCAACUGCAUCAUCCAUAGCUUCAGCUUCAACAGCAAAACCAAUAUCUUGGGCUGCAAUCGCAAAAACGCCUGCCAAACCACCAACUAUACCCAAUAACAAUAGCCAUUAUAUACCCCCAAUAUCACCUGUACACGAACGACAACAACGUGCACCAUAUACAUCUCCACCUGCUACUUCUGAUCACCAUCACAACCAUCAUGGUGGUAUGGCAACCUCGUCGAACCAUUAUUCUGGCCAACAACGAGGAAACAAUAAUAGUAAUAAUUAUACACCGUCACUGCACCAUGCGUCAUCAUAUGAACGAUACUCGAAUGAUCGUGCAUCUCCUGAUGUCAGCGAAUCACCUUCAAGGAUGCGAAAUCCUGGAAGCAGUGUGGGGAAUGGUCAUGGUAAUAUCAGAGAAUCGUCCUCGAGGAUGCGAAAUCCUGGAAGUAGUGUUGGAAAUGGUCAUGGUGUAGCCAAAGGUUUGGUUGGUGCUCCUUCGUCAAGUAUCAGUAGGUACUCUCUUGCAUUGGAUGGGCCUGCUAAGCAACGUGUACAGGAACUCAUUGCGGCUCGUGGACUGAAUCUAACACACAAGACUUUCAAUUGCAAAACACCCAAUGCUCGAUACUUUGUAAUCAAGAGCUAUACAGAAGAAGACGUCCACCGAUCUAUAAAAUACUCGAUUUGGUCAUCAACAGAGAUUGGCAACCGUCGCUUGAGCCAAGCAUGGCAAGAAUCAUCUCAUCUUGGUCCAAUCUAUCUCUUCUUUUCCGUCAACGCAUCUGGUCACUUUUGUGGUGUUGCUGAAAUGGCUUCUGGUAUUGACUGGAAUAGAUCAUCAGAUGUAUGGUUGCAAGGCUCCAAGUAUAAGGGGACUUUUGCAGUACGAUUCAUCUUUGUCAAGGAUGUGCCAAAUAGUUUGUUGAAGCACCUUCGUGUCAGGAAUAACGAAAACAAACCAGUCACAAACAGUCGCGACACGCAAGAAGUCGACAAGGAAGUGGGCCAACCAAUGCUCAACAUAUUCGUAGAACAUAAAGCCAGAACAACACUUUUGGAUGAUUUCUCUUGGUAUGAUGGUCGAGAAGAAGAUCGCCGUAGCAGCAAUAUCUCGGAUGCAGACUCGGAUACAUCAUCUUCUCGUCCUCAUCAAGCUACCAAUGGUAAUGGAAGGGGAAACUCCGGGGUGGUUGUAGCUCGUCAUCAGACCAAUGGAAAUGGAAGCACGAUUUGGGACAAUUUGUCAACAGGGACAGCGUGA